CUCGACUCGACUCGUUCCUCCCCUCCCGGAAACUCGACAAGAGACAAUGAGUACUUUCAACCCAACUUCUCAAACCUGAAUCCCCGAAUUCGUUCGAUUUGCCCUCUUCGCAAAUUCAAAGACUCCCCCAUGACACCCUACAGAAAUCAAGUCCACCUGCACCUGCAAUCUUGCUGAUAGCAGCCUCUCAAGCACGCUGUCACCCUCCCCUAUCUUCGAACGUAGGUCUAGGAUCACCAGCCCAACGGUCCUUCAAGUCGAAGCUGUAGUACUGAUCCUGAAAUCCACUCAACAAGAAAAACUUGAGAAUGCCGUCUUCUUUGUCGGGAUCACGAGUCACUAGUUCCAUGGGCCCUGAGAUGAGACGCCCGGACGAUAGUGUGAUUCUUACAGCUACUGGCCCUUCACCGUCGUUAUGGCCUGAGUCUGCGCUCCGUACUUCCUCUUCUGCUUCUUCAAAGACGCGCCGAGUGCGGUUCAAUGUCGCAUCAGCGAUACCCAUCGCGGCAAACCCUACCUGUAGAACCCAAGAUGCCAGCCACACACCAUGUACCAAUUCCAACAGCCACUCCAACGGCACUCAAGUAGGCUCUGGCUCUACGUUGCCGACAUCAAACUCUUCUAUUACAAGCACGCCUCCUCCGAGGGCUAUCGACAUUACUGCUUGCGAAAUUUUUGAGCCAUAUUACCCCAGAUGGCAUGCGUACCCUCCCAUCAUCCCCACAAAGUUUGACACACGAGCGCCCCCGCCUCCUCUGAGAGGGCCAUCAUUCAAUCCCACCGACCAGUUCCUAGAUCAAUCGCGUGACUUUCAAAGCUGGAUAGAACAGAAGAACGCUGAGAGGAUUCAGCUUCGAUAUACGCCUCUCUAUGAGAGCCUAUUGAAGGAGCAACGAAUCCAACAGCAUAUAGCCGACCAUGGUUCUACACCUAGGAUUCGUACAGAUGCCCGAAUGAAGCUGGUACAAAUCAGAAAGGUAAUGACCAAAGAACGGGAGAAGAUUGCUCCGGCAGAGCGACAAUAUAUUAAAGACAUUGAAAAGGGGAUGGCGGCUUUUGACAGCAUUGACAACCAUGAGCAGACGGCAUCUAGCCAGCGUCGUCUGUCUGCGGCGCCGCCAGUAGAAACGAAAAGCUCUUUAUCGAAAGUUGAACGCCUACUUGGCUCAGAUGGUUCUUGCCCCUCGAUUUCAAGCUGGAACCAACGCUGUCAAUCCAUCCCUGACAAAUCCUCAUAUGAAAGAAUGAAAUCGAUAGAGCCGGACAGCGGUAGGUCAAAAAUACCGCCAACCCUGCCGUUACCACCGCCAGAGCCGGACCAAAAGUUAUCAGUGAUGGUUGAAACGACCACGCCCUGGCCGGACAAGCCAUUCAAGGUCCUCAUACCCGAUUGGUUUCCUAUUGCUAUAGCCCAAAGACAUAUUGAGUUGCAAGGCCGUACAGUUAAGGAGUGUUACGUCAAUCUUCUCAAUCACAUUAGCCGACUAGAGUCAGCCAAAAGUCAAAUAGAAUACAAGAAGAACCAUCCUAGUGAAGGGGGCAUAAUCGUAAAGGAGAACAGCUGGGACAAGAAUUGGCACGAACCGAAUAACGGUUGGCGCCACGAGAAGCAAAGAAGGCUAGGCGGAUACUGGAAAUGUAAUAAAGGACCAAGAGCAUUGCCCGCUGAAAAAAACUGCACCCUCUGCUUAGAGACUAAGACAGCACCCCCAGUCAACCCUUCCCCCGUGGCGCAACUCGAUGAUAUCAUGAGGCAUAUCAACGAGGCUAUGGCAGUUGUAGCCGAGAGCGACAAGGCAAAGUUGUUGAAGCUUAGGUCCAGCAAAAAGCCGUCGGGUCUUGAGACACCCGGGCUGUUGGUUGAUGAGACUGUGAAGAUAUGGGCUCAUCAGGAUAAUCCACUCACCACGAUAGAGCCUGAGACUAUCCCAAUCAGUGCCCGUCAGCCCUGGAUCAACUACAACCCCCUCAGGGGUAUAGAUGACUCGGAAGAUGCUGUAGCAGCAACUAAGAUACAUCUUCAGCCAGGGGCUGUCGAGCAACAGGAACAAAAACAGCCCGACGAUAAAGACACCAACAAAAGCAAGGACAAAUGCGUCUCUCAAGCGCAUCAUAAUGCUUAAAAUACCAUGGCAUAUAGCUUUCCAUUGUUGCUACAGGCCCGCACAAGAGGAAUGAAUACUAUAUAACUUUCUCAAACUCUUAUAAUUCACGUCGCACGUGUCGGUACACUCGCAGCGGGUUACGGCCACUCUCAAUCAGUAAAAAUUGGCUUAGACUCUUUUCCUCAGACAUGCUGCAAUAGGCGCUCGCUUCUCUGGCAAAAGAAGGCAUCACACCCAACUCUACUUCAGAUUUCAGGUG